UCGCUUUAAAGGGGCCGCGCUCGCGGCAGCGCCGGCGGCGGCACCGGCCCCGAACCGGCCCCGGAGCGGCCCCGAACCGGCCCCGGAGCGGCCCCGAGCCCGGGCUGCCCCCGCGCCGCCCCCGCACACUCCGGCACCGGGGCGGACCGGGCGCUCCCGGCGCGUUCCGACCCGGUAAGGAGCCCCGGGCCCGCGAUGGUGCCAGCAUGAGGAGGUGCUGCCAGGGCGUGGGGCUGCCAUGCCUGUUUAAGGGCGUGGGCAUGGCCGGCCCGCGUCCGCCGCGUUUCCUGCUGGUGUUUGACUUUGACGAGACCAUUGUGGACGAGAACAGCGACGACUCCGUGGUGCGGGGCCGGGCGCUGCCGGAGCCGCUGCGCCAGAGCCCGCGCGGGGGCAGCUACAACGAGCACAUGCAGCGCGUGCUGGCCUUCCUGGGCGAGCAGGGCGUGCGCCCCGCCGAGCUCCGCGCCGCCUACGAGAACAUCCCGCUGGCCCCGGGCAUGGCCGAGCUCUUCCAGCUGCUCUCCAAGCACCAGGAGCUCUUCGAGCUGGUGCUCAUCUCCGACGCCAACACCUUCGGCAUCGAGGCCAAGCUGCGCGCGGCCGGCGCCCGCUCGCUCUUCCGCAAGGUCUUCAGCAACCCGGCCAGCCUGGACCGGCGCGGGGUGCUCACGCUGGGGCCCUACCACAGCCACAAGUGCCUGCGCUGCCCGGCCAACAUGUGCAAGGCCAAGAUCCUGGGCGAGUACCUGGCGGAGCGGGCGCGCGAGGACGUCGAGUUCCAGCGCGUGCUCUACGUGGGCGACGGCGCCAACGACUUCUGCCCCGCCGGGACGCUGACGGCGGCGGACGUGGCGUUCCCCAGGAAGGGCUACCCCAUGCACAGGCUGAUCCAGGAGAGCCAGGAGAAGCAGCCGGGGGCGUUCCAGGCCGCCGUGGUGCCCUGGGAGUCGGCGGUGGAGGUGGCGCGGUACCUGCAGGAGCUGCUGCGCAAAAAGUGCUGAGGGAGGGAGGCGGCUCCGGGCCCGGCUCCGUUCCCGGGAUGUUCUCCCGCCUUUCCCAGCUCCAUUCCCGGGAUGUUCUCCCACCUUUCCCGGCCCCGCUCCCGGGAUGUUCUCCCGCCUUUCCCGGCUCCGUUCCCGGGAUGUUCUCCCGCCUUUCCCGGCUCCAUUCCCGGGAUGUUCUCCCACCUUUCCCGGCUCCAUUCCCGGGAUGUUCCUCUGCCUUUCCCGGCUCCGUUCCCGGGAUGUUCUCCCCCCUUUCCCGGCUCCAUUCCCGGCCAGUGAAGCACUUUCUGCAGGCCCCCGGCCCUGCCCAGCCUCGCAGCCACGGCCCCUGCACCCUUUGCCGACCUGACGGGGAUUUCUGGCCGAGUUUUGCUUCCUUCCCCUUUUGACCUCGAAAGGGAAUUCCUAAAAAUGCAGCAGCCGGCUCCCCACGGGCUGGGCUCGGCCUUGCUCCUGCCAUCCUACCCUGGCCUGCCUGGCCCUGGGCUCCUGAUCCCGCUGGGAAUUCUGGCUGGGAAUUCCCUGCUCGCUGGGCUCCUGAUCCCGCUGGGAAUUCUGGCUGGGAAUUCCCUGCCCCGAGCCCUUUCCUGGAUCCUGCGGGGCCCCUCCUACCCCAGGGAGGGUCAAUUCCCCCUGACCUGGGCACCUCCGAGGUGCCCCAAUCCCCCCUGGGACGCUUCUGGCACUGGGUCCCCAGAGGCCAAACCCCCCCCCUCCCCACUGCAGUAUUAAUUAAUUAAUUAAUUAAUUCCCCCUUCUAAUUGCACUCUGCAGGGGCACCUCCAGGGGUUGGCUCCUCCUGGAUUAAUCCCGGGUUUAUCCCGGGUUUAUCCACAGCCUUACCGGCCCCCGAGGGCGGCCCUGGCUCCCCCAAACCCGGCAGGAAUUGACCAAAGCAGCCCCGAGUUGUUCCUCCUCCGUGCCACCCCCUCCCUCGGACUGUGUGGAACUCAAAGCCAUGGAAUUAAAGACACAAAUCUGUGUAA